CCCAAAGAAAGGCAAGCAAGGAUGGAAGGCGAAACUUUGGAUAGUGCGGUGGACCCCAACAUGACCUCCCAUGCGGUCGAUUUCACCUGGAGGUUUUUCUGCUUGGUGCUGGUGCUCCUCCUGCAGGGGGGCUUUGCGUCCUACGAGGCCAUCUGAGGAUCUAAAGAACACGCACGCACACGUAUGACGAAAAAAAGGUAUCCAAGAGCCCGAAGAGGUACACCUAAAAAUCCCUGCAGCACCGAAUGCGUGCCCAAAAACUGAACUGCACGUCCGUCCCACCGUUCGACUACAGUAGCAUCACCCCCUCCCUGUCCCACUCUUUACCAAAACGGAAGAUUGCCGACUUCAGCACCUUUGAUGGCGAAGCCAGGUUACUGAGGCAAUACAGCUCCCUCUAGCAAACCUAGGGCCGUGUAGUGCCCGUCCACCUUUCUGAUGGUGUCUGCCUCCGCGCACAAAAAUGAGAUGGACAUCACUGCCUACGCCCACGGCCAGAAAGGCCCGCGCAUCUACAUUUUCACGCCUGACCCCAUCAGUGCCGACCCAACUCCACCACCACACGCAGGCCUCGCGGCGGAUGCGCAGCAGCAAGAAGGUUUCGGUCAUCCCUUGAGGGUACACAAUUAAGGCACCCGGAUUGUCCGCGUCAUCUCCGCCGCGUCUCUCUACAAAACCAGUGACGUCAUCACACACACCCAACACCUGUAUUCAGAAAAAAAACGGAAAAAUAAUUGACAAUACAAAAGAUGUUUGUCCGUGCGCCACGGUUCGAUGCCGUCCGCAUGCUCCGGUUCCGCUGCUCCGGUGCCGCUACAACGGUGCCGCUGCUCCGGUGCCGCUGUGGCCAGUCCUAGCACGACCAAACUCGACCCGCUCCGCUUCGUACACGCUCUCGUUGCUGUCCUUCCCAGUCGGUUCCUCGCUUUCUCC